CUAAAAUAGUGACAUAAAAUAAUAUUUCCCAUUGUUCAAAACAAGAAGAUUUCCAAGAACAACCAACAACAGAAGUAAUACUACCCAGGUAUUAUUACAAACACUUAAUCCAAACUCUUUUAUAUUCAUUCGUAUACUCAUUCAUUUCUAACCAUGCCACUCGGAGGACGAUUGCGACGAGAAGGCCGCAGAGAGGCCCGCAGAGAGCACCGGGAGGAACGCAAGGAGCACAUACCCCCCGCUGUGAAAACCGCCGUUGUCAUGGGAACCGGAGCCGGUCUCGGAAUAGCCGUUGCCCGCCGCGCCAAAGCCAAACGCAGCGGCUCCCCCGACUCGAGCUCCUCGUCCGACGAGGACGACAACGCCCCCAAGACAUUUGCCAUGAAGGAAAAGCUCCUGGCCUUUGGAGACUCCUUCACCAUCAACCGCGUGAGCCGCCGCCACCAGAGGGGAAGACCCGCCUACUAUGCCAACAACAAGGUGAUGCGCCUGCGAGAAACCUUCCACCUCCAGGCCAGCCGCUCGGGACCGACGCUCUAUUGCAUCCAGGACCGCAAGCUCCGGAUCCGUGAUUCCAUGGCCAUCGAGGACGCCGACGGAAGGAAGGUCGCCGAGAUCAAGAAGAAGGUCAUCGGCAUCGUCCGGGAAAACUUUGUCGUGAAGAUCAAGGACGAGACCAACUGGCAGAUCCACGGAUCGAUCCUGGAGCACGACUUCACAAUCAAGGAGAACGGACGAGAAAUCGUUAAGGUGCACAAGAACUGGAUCGCACCAAUCCGCGAUUGCUACUUCAUCGACAUCCAUGGCACGGACGACGUGCCCCUGGCCUUGACGGUCGUCAUUGGACUCGAAGCCAUGAGCGAAGAUUGAGGACCGAAGGGUUGAUCGUCUGCCUUUGUGGGGGCUUCGUUAAACCUAUUUCCUUAGACUCUUCGAUGGUUGGAAACGAAAAUAGAAUCGACCAUUCAUGAGACGUUGUGUCGUUCAGUUUGUUUCUGAAACUAGACGAAUUCAAGCACCAAACCACACCAUGUAAACUGAGUAAAAAGCAUUAGCGUAA